AUGGCAGACACACAUGAAAUUCAAAUAGAGAACGCUCAAUGUCAAAUUCAUAAAUGGAACUCAGAGGAAGUGUUUUUAUUUUUAAUAAAUCUGACUUGCAGAUUAGGAUUGGCGCUUUUCGACAUAAUCUUUAAAUAUUCGAAUGUUAUUCUGUUGUGUAUUGUUCUGCUUGCUGUAGUCUAUGUAUUAUAUAAAUCGUAUUGGAGUCCAGUUAUACUAAUAAGGGAACUGACCCACACAGGUUUCGAUCACAUUCCAUAUGUGAAAGGCCGGGAUCGAGUCCUCCACAUAGCGAGGUCCCAAAGGAAUCGACAGGUCGGAGAAAGAGUUCCACCUCCAUAUCCCAACGGAUGGUUUGCGCUGGCUGAAAGUAGAGAUUUGACAGUGGGAAAGGUUAUACCUGUUGACGCUUUAGGUCAAAACUUUUGCCUUUACCGAGGUGAGGACGGUGUCGCCAGGAUAGUCGAUGCAUAUUGUCCCCAUUUGGGAGCAAACUUGGGUGUCGAAGGGUCAGUCAAGGGCAACUGUAUAGAAUGCCCCUUCCACCAUUGGAGGUUCGGUGAAAAUGGGGCAUGUACUUACAUACCUGAUGUUAAGAAUAUACCGAAAGGGAUAUCAAUUAAGAAAUGGGAUUGUAUGGAGGUGGACGGGGCUGUAUGGGUCUGGUAUGAUGCUGAAGGGAGAUCGCCAAUGUGGACGGUCCCACCUCUGCCGGAGCUAUCUCAAUGGGGGUAUCGGGGCAGGAAUGAGUUUCUUAUCAGCGCUCAUACACGAGAUAUACCAGAAAACGCAGCAGACGCCGCCCAUCUCAAUUGCAUCCACCAAUUAUCUUUUAUGACGAAUAUUGGAAAGCACCUUCCAUUUUUAAACAACAUAAUAGGUCACCAUAUAUGGGAAACUGACUGGACAAAAACAGAUGAGUCCCACAUCGCACAAAUGAGCAUAGACCAGAAUUAUAUGGUUUUAAAGUGCAACGCGUUCCCCUUCGACCUUCGUGUUAAGCAGAUCGGACCAGCACACGUGCGUCUCCAUUUCAACUGCAUAUUUGGUGAAGCAUACGUCAUUCAAUCAGUCACUCCCGUAGGACCGAUGUUACAGAAAGUCGUUCAUCGCAUCUACUCACCCACUUAUAAUGCGAUCUUUGGAGCGAUCUUAGUACUCGCGGAAGCUUAUCAGUUCGAACGUGACGUUGUCGUGUGGAACAACAAGACGCACGUGAGUUCCCCACCUUACGUCAAAGCUGACAAGUCGAUUCGCGCUUUCCGCGAUUGGUUCUCGCAGUUCUACUCCGAGAAGAGUGUCAGUAUGCGUGACGCUAUGCAAAAUCCAUUGGACUGGUAG